CUUUCUCCUCUCCCCUGCCGUCCAUGGUCAUGUCCGUAGUGCUCUUAUGCCUCUUAGCGCUGCCCCUGGUGGACGGAUCUCCUGGAUCUCCGUGGGACUCUCCCUCACUGCGGGGCGUGGCCAUCAACGGGACCAUCUCGCCGGUGGAGGAUGACGAUGCAUCGGGUGAGGAUGAAAAACCCACCAUUCCGCCUGACAUGGCGCCCGAGGAGGGCGAGGGAAUUGACAACACGCCGCCGCCGGUAGAGGUCGAGGAGGACAUUGUCAUUAUCGAGCCUGGUACGUCGAUGGCCAACGGAUGGCUGGAUGGAUGGAUGGGCACAUUUGUGUGUGUGCAGCUCCGCCCGGCAGCGAUAUGGGUCCGCCCGAGGAGAAGAAACAGAAGACCCCGCCGCUGAGCGUCAAGAUCGGGACGACGGGAGGCGACAAGAGGUUCGCCGGGAGCGACAAGGACGACGUGAUGAUAGGCCUGGGCGGCGAUGACACCAUGUACGGCUUCGGCGGGGAUGACGUCAUGUUUGGCAACAAGGGCGCGGACCUCAUCCUCGGCGGGGAGGGAGCAGACAACAUCGCCGGCGGACGGGGGAACGACACUAUACUCGGCAACGAAGGGGUGAGUGGGGGAGAGAGAGAGAGGACGGCUUUGUCUGAGCGUCCAUCGGCUAUGCAUCCGUCCGUCUGCUCAUGGGGGGGAUGGUUGUUUCGUGAUGUGUUCAGAAUGACACGUUGAUGGGCGGCGUUGGGGAUGACAUUCUUGGCGGCGGAGAGGGGACGGACUCAGUGGUAAGUAACACCACCACGGGUCCAUCCAUCCAUCCAUCUAUCCAUCCCACUUGUGUGGUGUCUGUCUGUGUGUGCAGGAGGGUGGCCCAGGCGAUGAUGGCGUGUUCGGAGGCCCAGACGCAGACGUUGUCAAUGGCGGGCCAGGUGGGAUGGUGAUGGACCAUAUCUUCCGGCCUAGCGUGUGUGACACCGUGUGUGUGGUGGUGCAUUAUGAUGUGUUGGUGCAGGCGACGACGUCAUUAUGGAUUUCGACGACAACCUCGGCGACCAGCUCUACGGCGGCCCGGGUGCGGACGAGUUCAUCCUGCGGCGGCCGAACGCGUCGGUGCCGCACGAGGCCAUCAAGGACCAGAUCAAGGACCUCACCUACCAGGAAGGGGACACCGUCAUGUCCUUCGUGCCAUGACCGAUGGAUUAUCCAUACGGCGGGACGUGUGGUAGGUAGAUACCUAUAGGUAGAUGAAGCAUGGAGCUAGGGUGUGGUGUUAGUUGGUUGGUCUUUUUAUGUCGGGCCAUGCAUUGUCGGCUGGCAGGCAGGCAGGCAGGCCAUGUGUAGGUGUAUGGUGUGGAUGGAGUGCUGGCAGUCAGUGGCAUGGCAAGCUGGUUGGUGUUUUUGUGAGUCAGUCGACUGUGUGUCGAUCGAUCGGUCGGUCAUGUGUUGGAUGCGUCAAGACCCCAAAGACCCCAAAAGACUCCCAAGACCCUCCC